AUGUUUUCUAAACAAAUUAAAAUUUAUUUAUUAUUUUCUAUACAAAAAUUUAAAUUAUUAAUUUCAUCAUUUUUUUCAUUAUUUUUCAUCAAUUUCUUAAAUAAUGGAAUUUAUAAUAUUAAAAAUAUUUUUAUUUUAUUUAUUUUAAUAAGUAAUAUUAAAAUGGUAAAUUCAAGGAGUAGUCCAAGUUCUGAUACUGAAAUUCUCUCACAAUUGCUCAAUCGUGGCUAUGACUGGCGUGUUCGUCCACCAGGAACAAAUCUUUCCUUAGAUGGAGAUCACGGCCCAGUUGUUGUAAAUAUAAAUAUGUUAAUACGUAGUAUAUCAAAAAUAGAUGAUGUAAAUAUGGAAUAUAGUACACAAUUAACAUUUAGAGAGGAAUGGGUAGAUGGAAGAUUGGCAUAUGGAUUACCCAAUGAUCAAAAACCCGAUCAUAUUAUUUUAACUGCGGGACAACAAAUUUGGAUGCCUGAUACUUUUUUUCAAAAUGAAAAGCAAGCUAGGAAACACGAAAUUGACAAACCUAAUGUACUUAUUAGAAUACAUAAAGACGGUAGAAUUUUGUAUAGUGUGAGGAUUUCACUUGUUCUUUCUUGUCCAAUGUUUCUUCAGUAUUAUCCAAUGGAUGUCCAAACUUGUUUAAUUGAUAUGGCAUCAUAUGCCUAUACAGAUACUGAUAUUGAAUAUCGUUGGAAAGAAAUUCAACCUGUUCAAUUAAAACAGGGUUUAGAAUCCUCUCUACCUAGUUUUCAAUUAACUAACGUUUCUACUGGAUAUUGUACAUCCAAAACAAAUACUGGGACUUACUCAUGUUUACGUACCGUUUUAGAAUUAAGAAGGCAAUUUAGUUAUUAUUUAUUACAAUUAUAUAUUCCAUCAUCUAUGCUGGUUAUUGUUUCCUGGGUAUCAUUUUGGUUAGAUCGUACAGCUGUUCCUGCAAGGGUUACUUUGGGUGUUACUACUUUAUUAACAAUGACUACUCAAACAUCAGGAAUAAAUGCUAAACUUCCACCUGUUAGUUACAGUAAAGCAAUUGAUAUAUGGUGUGGUGCCUGCCUAGCAUUUAUUUUUUCGGCAUUAUUAGAAUUUGCCUGUGUUACUUACAUAUCUUCUAGAAUGUUUUAUAAAAGAACAAGAAAUAAUAGAGUAUUGGCAAGAUAUAGAGGAGAGGGACGUUUACUUUCAGUUUUCAAUCCUCAAUCACAAAGGCCAUCAAUAUGUCCAGGAUAUGAAAUGCCUCCAAACUUAUUAACUCAUAGACCGAGUUUACAUUACACUCCAUUGACUACACAGUUUAUGGAUGAUGAAAUUGAAGAAGUUUGGGUUCGAAGGGCUGAUAUCCCUAAUUCCCCUCCACCACCUAUUUUAAAACAAAAAACAUUAUCUUCAUCAGAUGAAAGUAUUCAAAGAAAUUCAACUAAAAUAAAUAACGAUAACAAAGAAUAUUUUAAUGAGACGAAAACAUCAAUUUCACUUCCAUCCCCUCCACAACAAAGAAGACAAAACGAAAGAGAACAAAAUUGUUUGUUAAUAUUUGGCCGAAGACUUCCUUUAAUUGGAAGGUUAAUUAGAAGGUUAGAAGCAGAAGUAGAUCCAGCAAAAAGGGCUGAUUAUAUCUCAAGGAUAUUAUUUCCACUUAUAUUUGCCUUGUUCAAUAUGGCCUACUGGUUUAGGUACUUGAAACUUUAA